AUGGCGACUCCGGCUUUGUGUAAUUUGCCUCAGAGUCCAAAGGAGCUUCUUGGAGACCUUUCACAAGAAGAAGAUGAGGACUGUGAUUCUGAAGAUUGGGCCAGCGACUCUGGUUCAUCCUCCUCAGCUAGUAGCGAUUCUGAUGGCCUUAAACCCGAAUGGCUGGACAAUGUGCAGAAAAGUGGAGAACUGUUUUAUUUGGAAUUGAGUGAGGAUGAAGAAAAAAGCCUCCUUCCCGAGACACCUACAGUGAAUCAUGUGAGGUUCAGUGAAAAUGAAAUUAUUAUUGAAGAGGAGGAUUACAAAGAAGGGAAAAAAUAUGAACCCAAACUCAAGCAGUUUACCAAAAUUCUAAAAAGCAAAAGACUUUUACCCAAGCGCCAUAAUAAAAAAAAUAUCAGUGCCACUGAGCCAGUGUCCAUUCUAAAACAUCAGUCCAAUCAGAAAACAGGAGUCAUUGUCCAGCAGCGGUUCAAAGAUGUGAAUGUUUAUAUAAACCCCAAAAAGCUAACUGUCACCAAAGCCAAAGAACACCUCAAGCUUCUGGAAGUACUAGUUGGGAUUAUUCAUCAGACCAAAUGGAGCUGGAGAAGGACUGGGAAACAGGGCAGUGGAGAGAGGCUUGUGGUUCAUGGCCUGCUGCCUGGAGGAUCUGCUAUGAAGAGUGGUCAGAUACUAAUCGGUGAUGUCCUUGUUGCUGUGAAUGAUGUUGAUGUGACCACUGAGAACAUAGAAAGGGUUCUGUCUUGUAUUCCAGGACCGAUGCAGGUAAAACUGACAUUUGAAAAUGCAUAUGCUGUGAAAAAGGAAGCAACUCAGCCAAAACAGAAAAAGGCACAGUUGAAUACAAGUGAUUUAGUCAAACUUCUGUGGGGAGAAGAGGUUGAAGAUAUCCAGAAGAAUAUUCUCAACACUCCUCAUAUUAUUAUGUACCUCACGCUACAGCUUGACUCAGAAACAUCAAAAGAAGAGCAGGAAAUCCUUUACCAUUACCCAAGGUCUGAAGCAUCUCAGAAACUUAAAAGCGUGAGAGGGAUAUUUCUCACACUCUGUGACAUGCUGGAAAAUGUAACUGGGACACACGUUACUAGCUCUUCUCUCCUUUUAAAUGGGAAACAUGUUCAUGUGGCUUAUUGGAAAGAAUCUGACAAAUUGUUGUUAAUUGGCCUUCCUGCUGAAGAAGUUCCUCUUCCUCAGCUAAGGAAUAUGAUAGAAGAUGCUGCCAAAACUUUAAAAUUUAUGUAUGGUUCUUUAGAUAGUGCAUUCUGCCAGACUGAGAAUGUUCCUCAUUUGGAUCAUUUCUUCAGCUUGUUCUUUCAAAGAGCUCUUCAGCCUCCUAAACUAAAUUCAGAUGUGAGUCACAGUGCACAACAUUAUGAUGCUUCCAGUGCAGUGCUUUUAGACCAUCUUCCUGGAGUUCGGUGGCUUACACUUCCACAGGACGUCAAGAUGGAAUUAGACACAGCACUGAGUAACUUAGAGGCGGCAGAUUUUGCAGAACUGUCUGAGGAUUACUAUGACAUGAGGCGGCUAUAUACAAUUUUGGGGUCCUCUCUAUUUUACAAGGGCUACUUGAUAUGCAGUCAUUUGCCUAAAGAUGAUCUUAUUGACAUUGCUAUCUACUGUCGCCACCAUUGUCUACUGCCUUUAGCAACAAGACAAAGAAUUGGUCAGUUGGUGAUAUGGAGAGAAGUGUUUCCUCAACAUCACCUUCAGCCAUCUGAAGACUCAAACUCUGAAGUCUUUCAGGAACCUGAAGGGAGAUACUUUUUGCUUAUUGUUGGUUUGAGAUAUUAUAUGUUAUGUGUAAUAUUAGAAGCUGGAGGCUGUGCAUCUAAAGCUAUUGGAAAUCCUGGUCCAGAUUGUAUAUAUGUGGAUCAGGUCAAAACAACUCUUCAACAACUGGAAAAAUUUGAUUCACGCAUAGAUGAACGACUAGCAUCUGCUCCAAGUCCUUUUUUGUCUUGUGCUGAUUGGUUCCUUUCUGGAUCACGUGACAAACCAGAUAAUAUGACAGCCUCACCUAUCCUCAGCAGGCUACAAGGGACUUCCAAAGUAGCAACCUCUCCAACAUGUAGAAGAACCCUUUUGGGGGAAUAUUCCUUAAAGAUGCGGAAACCUAGUCCUUCUAGAGGCAGUGGAGGAUCUGACAAUGGUUUUGAAGGUGGAGAAGGUGUUGGCCUUAGCUCCCUCCCUACACCACAUGCAAUAUGGAAGCAAAAAGAAUCUCAGAGUUCUGAUGGUUUGGAGGUAAGCAGGGCCUUGCUUAUCAGUGUCACUAGGAAGAAGUCUACUCUUUCAAAUCUUUUUCAUUUGGGGAACUCAAAAAAGGAACUUUCAGAAAAAGAAUUGGAAAUAUAUAACUCAAUGAAAUUGACAUCUGGUCCUGAGAACACACUCUUCCACUAUGUUGCCUUAGAAACAGUGCAAGGAAUCUUUAUUACUCCUACCCAUGAAGAGGUGGCACAGCUAAGCAGCUCUGUCCAUUCUCAGCUAAUAAGGAAUUUCCAUCAGUGUUGCCUUUCAAUUCGUGCGAUUUUCCAGCAGACUUUGGUGGAAGAGAAAAAGAAAACACUCAAUGGUGGAGAACAUUCAGAUUCUGCAAAUUCAGUGUCUUGUCUUAACCCCGUGAAAGAACAUGGUGUGUUGUUUGAAUGCUCACCUGAAAACUGGACUGACCAGAAAAAAUCACCACCUGUUAUGACUUACUGGGUAGUAGGGAGACUCUUUCUUCAUCCCAAACCUCAAGAACUUUAUGUUUGUUUUCAUGACUCAGUCACAGAAAUUGCUAUUGAAUUGGCUUUUAAAUUAUUCUUUGGAUUAACUUUAUAA